GCGCGGGGCGGGGCGGGGCGGGGCGGGCGCACUGAGCCCUGCGCGGCGGCCGGAGCGGCGGGAGGGAGCGGCAGCCUCAGCACCAGGCCCGGCACCAUGGCGGUGGAAGGAGCCAUGAAGUGUGUGAAGGUCCUGCACUACGUCCUGCUGCUGGCCUUUUUCGCCUGUGCGGUGGGGCUGAUGGCCGUGGGCGUAAGCCUCCUGCUGGUCUUCAACGAGACGGUGGACAAGGGGACCGCCAGCGGCGUGCUGCCUGUGGUCAUCAUCGCCGUGGGCGCCUUCCUCUUCCUGGUGGCCAUUGUGGGCUGCUGCGGGGCCUGCCAGGAGAGCUACUGCCUGAUGGUCACGUUUGUCAUCUUCCUGUCUCUCAUCUUGCUGGUGGAGGUGGCCACCGCCAUCGCUGGCUAUGUGCUCCGAGACAAGGUGAGAUCAGAGUUUAGUAAGGACUUCCGGCAGCACGUGAAGAAUUAUCCCAGACAGAACCAUACAGAUGUUUACCUGGACAAGAUGCAGACACAAUUCAGCUGCUGCGGGGCGGAUAACUACACAGAUUGGCAGAAGCUCCCUCUGGAGCCCAAGAACUGGGUCCCUGACUCCUGCUGCGUCAAUGUCACUGAGGGCUGUGGGCUUAAUUUCAAGGUGAAGGACAUCCACACUGAGGGCUGUGUGGAGAGGAUUGGGGCCUGGCUGAAGGGCCACGUGCUGGUGAUGGCCGCAGCGGCCCUGGGCAUUGCCUUUGUGGAGGUCCUGGGAAUUGUCUUUGCCUGCUGCCUGGUGAAGAGCAUCCAAAGUGGCUAUGAAGUGAUGUAGGGGCCCUGGUCUCUUCAGCCCCUCAUCCAGGAGAGUGGGAUAAUAUGCUCCACAGUUUUCAAUUAAACUGAUUAUUUUUUCAGA